CUGGAUUGUGGGCCGAAUGGAGAAUGAAGCCUUUUCAAAUUCAACUCCCAGGACCUCCCAGACAUAUUGUCUACCCUAAGCACCAGGCUGGACACAUUGGGAAACAGGCUGGCCACCUGGGCUCCCAGGCCUUCUACCCAGGACGUCAGCAUGACUACCUAGUCCCACCUGCUGGCACAGCUGGCAUUCCUGUUCAAAAUCAGCCAGGUAGACCUGCAGGGGUACCAUGGAUGCCAGCACCACCACCACCAUUAAACUGUCCGCCAGGAUUGGAAUACUUAAGUCAGAUAGAUAUGAUACUAAUUCAUCAGCAAAUUGAACUUCUGGAAGUUCUAUUCAGUUUUGAAAGUAGUAACGUGUAUGAAAUCAAGAACAGCUUUGGGCAGAGGAUUUAUUUUGCAGCAGAAGAUACUAAUUUCUGUAUCCGAAAUUGCUGUGGGCGGUCUAGACCUUUUACCUUGAGGAUUACUGAUAAUGUGGGUCGAGAAGUCAUAACUCUGGAAAGACCACUAAGAUGUAACUGUUGUUGUUGCCCCUGCUGCCUUCAGGAGAUAGAAAUCCAAGCUCCUCCUGGUGUACCAGUAGGUUAUGUUACUCAGAACUGGCACCCAUGUCUAACAAAGUUUACAAUUAAAAAUCAGAAAAGAGAGGAUGUACUAAAAAUUAGUGGUCCAUGUAUCAUGUGCAGCUGUAUUGCGGGUGUUGAUUUUGAGAUUACAUCUCUUGAUGAACAAAUUGUGGUUGGCAGGAUUUCUAAGCACUGGUCUGGGUUUUUAAGAGAGGCAUUUACAGAUGCUGACAACUUUGGGAUCCAAUUCCCUAGAGACCUUGAUGUUAAAAUGAAAGCCGUGAUGAUUGGUGCCUGUUUCCUCAUUCACAAUGUGGGAGAUAAAAAAGAAGAGAGAGAGAAAAAAAAUCUUGAGAGAAUUUUAAGAAAAAGGAAUCAGGACUUGAUGAUUUAGAAGAUUUUCAUCUUAUCCAGAUUGCACAAGACACUAAAAUGAGCACAUUCAAUGUCAGGAAAUUGUGCUCUGGAGAGAAGGCAAAGAGAAUGGCUGGACAACCUUUUGCUAGUGCUUCUGAAACAGCAACACUUUAGAGUAUUCAAUCACACAAAGGACUCUUUGAAGAGUUUAGGUGUGUGAUUUUUGGUUCUAAGCAGAAACCAGGAAUGAAGUUGGCAUUAUCAAGGAAAUAUCAAUGGAGGAGCAAAUGACAGGGAAAGGAAGAAAUAAAAGAAAUUCACUAGAAUUGCAAAUGAAAACUGCCUAAUAACAUUACUCAGCUGAAAACACAUGCUUCCCCUUAAGAAAAAUGAAGAAUGAUUCUGAAGGCAGAGCUGCAGGACAAGAGGGCAGAAUCCUGAAGCCAGAAGGUGAAACUGACAGCCACAGAGGAUUAUUUCAAGUCCUCAAAACCUAGCAGAGCCUCACAUGCUGGAUUUCAAAAUUAUUUGGAUUAAUGAUUCCUUUUUUCAUUCUAUAUUCUCCCUCUUUGAACAGAAAUGCCUCUAACAGGGAAACUAUGCCUGUCCUACCAUUGUGUUAUGAAAAGAGUAACAUGUUUUCUUGUUUUACAAAUCUAAGUUUGAAGAGAAAUUUUUACCCAUAAUGGAUCAUACCCACAGUCACAACCGAUACAAGAUUUACAUGGUGAGAUUUUGGAUGUUUCAGAUGAUGAGGUUUAUUUGAGAUUUUGGACUUAAGUAGAUACUGUAAUGUGUUGAGAUUUUGGAGAUUUGAUAUGGGGUUUAUAUACUUUGCAUGUGGGAUAGCUAGUCCUUUAGGGGAACCGAGAAAGAAAUAUUGUAGACAGAACAAUGGUUCCCCAACAUACCUAUAUCAUAACCCAGAAAGCCAGUAGCUAUAUUACCUAGAUGAAAAAAGGUAUUUUUCAAACAUAAUUACAUUAAGGAUCUUAAGAUCUUUUAACACAAGGCAAAUUAUCCUGUGUUAUCUGAGUGGAUCGAAUGUAAUUACAAGGCUCCUAAUGAGAGAAUACAAGAUCAGAAGGUAAAACUAGAAAAGAGAAAGAAAAUAUAUAAUUCCUACAGCCUCCAGCACAAAGGCAACCCUGAGGACCCAUCGCAAACUUCUGACCACCAGAAAUUAUAAAGCAAUACAUUUAUGUUGAUUUUUUUAAUUGAUACUUAAUAUUUUACAUAUUUAGGUGCUACAUGUGAGUAUUUGUUAAAUGCAGAAAAUGGGUAAUGAUAAAGUCCAGGGUAUUUGGAAUUAUCCAUCACCCUGAAUAUUUAUCAUUUCUUCAUGUAGAAAAUAUUUCAAAUCCUCUCUUCUAGCUACUUUGAAAUAUACAAUACAUGUUGCAAACUAAAGUCAGCCAGCUUUCCUUUGAACAUUAGAACUUGUAAAAUGGAGUAGCCACUUUGGAAAACAUUUAGCAGUUUCUCAUAAAUUUAAACAUACAGUUGCUAACUGACCCAUCUAAAAUAAUAAUAAUAGUAACUCUUAAGUUUGUAUCAUCCUCUGUUCUGCUGGGAUUCUUUCUUUACUUCUCUUUACCUCAUCUCUUAUUUCAUAGUCAAUAUCUUUGGAAUGCAAACCUGCUAUUUAAAAUUUACUCGUUUUUGGCAGUAAACAUUUUUCAAAGGUAUGUUUUCUUCUUUGUCAUUAUUAAUAUUUGUCUCUUGUCUACAUGUUGUGGCCUCUUAGUUACAAGUUCAAUUUUUUUCUUGUAUCUAUUUGAGAGUAGCUCAAUAAUAUUUGCCACAAAAUAAUGUAAGUUCUGCAAUAUUUUCAAUAUAUUUAUAGGCACUGUUAGAAUCCUCCUCUUAAAUUUUGAGCUGGAAACAGGGUUUGUAGAUGGAUUUAUUUUAUAAGUUUUAUUCUGAGCAACCUAAGGAAAACACAGAGAAUAACAAAAUCCUGAUUAGGGCUAAUUAGAAAAUUUGGCUCCAUAGAGAUUCGUUCUAAUUUUGUUAGAAUCAUGGUGCUGGAGACAGAGAUCUACUCAAACCUCAUUUUAAGUGAUUUAUAUUGUCUUUAAUUGGGACAAAAUGUUGCCAUGUUUACCAAUGCUCAUUCUUCAAGAUUGGUGUAGGUAAAAUCCAGCUAUUUCAAAUGAUUCUGAAACAUAAAGAUUUAAUUGUGUUUAAAUAGAUUAAAGUCACAUGGGAAUAUCAAUUUGCACUCAGUUUAUCAUGACUGUAUUAACUGGUACUUGUACUCCUAAAAUUCCUUUUUGGUAUUUGAUAAGAGACAGACUUCAUAUAUAAAACCACAUAUAUUAAAAACAAUUUACAAAAUAAAAGAUGAAUCAUGUUUACACCAUUAAAUGUAGAAAAGCUAAAACUGUAGUUGUAUAUUCCUGUCUCUAACCAGGCUAAUAUGUUUUGAUAAUGUUAGGUGUUAAACAUAAAAGGCUAAAUAUUUUCAAUUUGUCAUACUCUAAAGCACUUACAUAAUCCAGUUUACAGCUAUUUAUGACCUACGACCCUGGUUGUCUACACCAGAGACAAUAACCAGCUGUCCACCUGGAUUAGAGUAUUUGCAUCAGAUAUGGCAAUGUGUUUCUCAACUUACUUGAUCCAUAACAACAUGAAUUUAGAUCAUUCCAGAAUAUAAUUUGUUAUAAAAAAUUUUGACUGUGGGUUAAAAUACUGUGACUUUAAGAUUUUUAUAUUUUAUUUACAUUUAAAUUCUUAUUUUUGAUAGAGAUAGUAAACUUACACUUUACAUAUUAUAAUAUUGUUACUUACAAAUUUAUUUACUAGGAAUCUCAUUUAAAAAUAAAUGCCUACAUUUGGCCAGGUGCAGUGGCUCACGCCUGUAAUCCUAGCACUUUGGGAGGCUGAGGCGGGCGGAUCAUGAGGUGAGGAGAUAGAGACCAUCCUGGCUAACACGGUGAAACCCCGUCUCUACUAAAAAUAUAAAAAAUCAGCCAGGCGUGGUGGUGGGCACCUGUAGUCCCAACUACUGAAGAGGCUGAGGCAGGAGAAUGGUGUGAACCCGGGAAACAGAGGUUGCAGUGAGUCGAGAUCGCGCCACUGCACUCCAACCUGGGUGACAGAGCUAGACUCUGUCUCAAAAAAUAAAAUAAAAUAAAUAAAAAUAAAUAAAUGCCUACUUUUAAAAUAGGAAAUUGUAUUUUGAGAAUGUAACUUAUAUUAACCUCGAGAAUCCUCACUUCAUCGAUUGCUUGUGCGUUAGAAACCUGGUAUGAAAAUGUAAAAUAUAAACACUAAUUUUGGGAAAAUGUCUCUUAUUCUGUACUAGCUUGAAUACAAUUAAAUCAAAGUUUAUGAUGUCAAUUCUGAUUUAAUUUCCUGUGAUAUUGUCUCUUGAAUAAUUAACUUUGACAAUUUAGUUGUCUGUAAUCAUUGGCCACAUUUUAUUUUGUAAUACUUUAAAAAUAAAAUAGUAUAUAUGUAACUUCUUGAAAA